AUGGAAUCACCACGAGCUACGUCCCGAUCAGUUGAAGUGCCAUUAAACCACGUUGUGGAUGUAUCCAGUGCUGGCACACGCUCCUUUUCUUCCUCUGACCUCUAUCAUGUCAAUGCCAAGAUGGCUACCAAUGCCAACGCAUCCCCAGUCAAACCUAAUACGCCAUUACCCGACCAUCGGUCACGGUUCUUAAAUGAUAACGAGUUACUUCUUGCUGCAAAUCCAGUGCCUACACGUGAAUCCUUUGCGACGCUCAAUGAAACAGACGAGAAGACGUGGCAUCAACGAUCUACAGAGCUCAUUUCGAAGAUGCUAAAUACUAAUUUUGAACGUGGUCUGAAUGGAAUGGACGUCGAAAGACGGAUACUACGCUAUGGUGUCAAUGAUUUGGAAGAAGAAGUACCGACACCUGUUCUUGUAGUCUUUCUACUGCAAUUUUACAACCUUAUUAUUGCCAUGCUACUAUUUGCAUCAUUGGCAUCCUUGGCUCUCCAAGAAUGGGUGGAAGGGAUUGCUAUUCUUGCUAUUGUGACGCUGAAUGCUGCUGUUGCAACGUUUCAAGAACAUUCCGCCAGUAACGCACUAGCAGCAUUGGCCAGUUUAUCAAGUCCACAAUCUCUUGUCAUACGUGACGGAAUGGAACAAGUGGUUGACAGUAAACAGCUGGUUCCUGGUGACAUUGUCGUUCUUGUCACAGGUGACGUUGUACCGGCAGACAUUCGACUUUUUACGAGUGUGGAUUUAAAAUGCAAUGAAAUGUUGCUCACUGGUGAGUCAGAAGAUGUGCCGAAGAAGUACAAUGCACCACCAACUGGUGCAGGUAAACCUUCAAAAUUGACGGCUAGUAACAUGGUCUUCUCUUCAACAACAGUCACUGCAGGUAAUGCACGAGGUGUUGUAGUCGAGACCGGGAUGAACACUCGUGUAGGUUCCAUUGCAGCACUAUUACAAGCUCAAAGUGAUUCUCCGGAUACAGCAGCCAAGAAGAAAUGGAUCCGGAACCCUGUUGGUGACUGCGUUGCCAAACAUCGACCCAAGCUCACCCCGUUGCAACGAGCAUUGCACCACAUGGGCUUUAUCAUGGGUAUGAUUGCACUGAGUGUGGCCACACUUGUCUUUGUUGUCGGCAUGAUUCGCGGCACAGAGGACCCGAGACAUCCCAAUCGACCAACCUACCUUACCAUGAUCAUGGCAGGAGUGUCAAUUGCUGUGAGUGCUGUUCCUGAAGGCUUACCGAUGGUGGUGACAAUUUGUCUGUCGUCCGGUACAGCCGAGAUGGUCAAGAAGCACGUACUAGUGCGCAAGCUUGCUGCCGUGGAAACUCUUGGCGCAGCUUCAGUUAUCUGUACAGACAAGACGGGCACUUUGACAGAGGGUAAAAUGACUGCAGUCAAACUCUGGGGCGAUUUCCGAGAGUAUUCUAUCACUGGCAAGGGUUUUAACCCCGAGGGCUCAAUUCUCUCGGCCGACGGCGUGAACCAAGCAGUGCCGGAGGCUGGAAAUGCUCAACUUCGAGCCACUCUGAUGGCCUCCGUGCUCUGCAGUAAUACUCAACUCAGGCAAGUAGAAGACGAAAAUGACGAAACUCCACGCUGGCUACCAUUUGGCAACUCAUCUGAGGCGCCAUUAGUUGUUGCUGCAGCGAAAGCUGGUAUAUGGGAAGACAAUCUCGUUGUGGACUAUCCGCGUCUCGUCGAGGUGCCAUUCAGCUCGUCGCGUAAGAUGAUGAUCACUGUUAACGCGGUUCCAGUUGUAAACGGUUCGGCGAUGUUCGAUACGCUAGUGCUUCCUGGUAACGUGCCGCCGAAGCUAGUGGCCAGCGUCAAGGGCGCUCCAAAUUACAUUCUGCGUAACUGCACUCAGUACUGCCAGAGAGAUGGUACGUUCGAGACUUUGAACAACAUUCAGUGCAACAAGAUUUCCGAGGCUGUGGAGGCACUGUCAUCGCAGGCACUGCGUGUGCUCGCGGUAGCCAUUCAGCCUAUGCAAGAACUGCCCUACGCCAAGGACUGCGAUGAUGUCGAUGAGAAGUUUGCUGCCUUGGCCAAGCCGCUGAUUUUCCUGGGACUUGUAGCCUCCAUCGAUCCAGAGCGCGACGGAGUGCGCGAUGCUAUCGCAACUGCACGUGCGGCCUCGAUCCGCACUGUGAUGAUCACGGGAGAUUAUCUCGCCACCGCCGUCGCAAUUGCUAAAAAUAUCGACCUAUUGCAAAUCGGUGCCGAUCUGGGAGACCAAGCAACAGACUGUACCAAACUCCGGAUGAACGGCGACAUGUACUUACCACCAGCCGAUAUCGACGAGAUCACCUCUCGGACCCUAGUGUUUGCCCGUGCUAAGCCUGAAGACAAGAUCGAGAUUGUGAAGUCACUUCAACGCCAAGGCCUCAUCGCUGCUAUGACUGGUGACGGUGUUAAUGAUGCGCCUGCACUCAAAGAAGCAGAUAUUGGUGUGGCAAUGGGUAUUUCCGGUACGGAGGUCGCGAAGGGCGCUUCUGACAUGAUUCUAACGGAUGACAAUUUCUGCAGCAUUGUGGCGGCAGUGGAGAAAGGUCGUGUCAUCUACUCCAACAUCCAGAAGUUUGUCAUAUUCUUGCUGUCCACAAACAUCGGCGAGAUCAUUUUGAUCUUCAUUUCCGUGGCUGGGGGUUUCCCGCUUCCGCUGGAGGCUUUGCAUAUCCUGCUUCUUAACCUGUUCACGGACGGUAUGCCUGCUGUGGCACUGAGCUUGGAGAAGGGCGACCCCAACAUUAUGAACGACAAGCCGCGCCACAAGGGUGCUCCAUUGAUAGUCGGACGACUGUGGUUGCUCGUGAUAUUCAACGCAUUCUUACUUCUGGCCGGUGCCAUGACUACUUUUUUGUUGGGGCUUUACUGGAACUUCGGUGAGCUACUGGUGAACGACAUCUACAACGCUGGCGGUGGUUCGGACGGAACAGACUACACGGACGUGACGUGUCGGCGCUGGGAGGGAAUGAACGAUGGGUGGAAGUCGUAUGGUAACUGCGCAGCACAGUACACCGACGGAACGUACAUCUUUGGUGAGGAAGUCGCGAGCAUGACCUUUUUUGAGAACUCGACCGUCUACUGCGAAGGUGGUGACUACGACUGCGUUCCGGCGGGUUUGGGACGCACACAGACCAUGGUAUUUUUGGGAUUGGCUUUCACGGAAGUACUGCGAGCCUACACAGUGCGUCACUUCACGGAGCCUGUUUUCACGCGGAUGCUGUCGAACGGAUAUAUGCAGCUUGCGGCGUGUAUGUCGUUGGUGCUGACCAUCCUCGUGUCCAACGUCCCUGUUAUCAUGGACGAUAUUUUCGGGUUCGAGUAUAUCCCGUGGUUCCAGUGGAUGGUGGUCGUUGCUGUCGCGUUUAACAGCGCGUUCUGGGGUGAGGUGCUCAAGAGUAUUUUGAGACGACAGGAUCGCGCUCAAGCUCGUUGGGACCACAUGAAGUCUGGUUUCGAAGAGAUUCUGCUCGAAAUCCGGCAUGUGCGUCAUCAUGUCGAGCGACUUGAGGCUGGAGGUGGUGGUCUCAAGUUUGACUAA